AUAGCAUAUACAUAUACGCACAAGUGGGAUAUUGAUCAGCAGCUUAAUUAAUUAAAAGUGUGAUUAGUUAGCAUGGCAUCCCAGCAACAGCAUAGGUCUGAGCUCGACGCCAAGGCCAGGCAGGGAGAGACGGUGGUCCCCGGCGGCACCGGCGGCAAAAGCCUCGAGGCCCAGGAACACCUUGCUGAAGGGAGAAGCCGAGGAGGGCAGACUCGGAGGGAGCAGCUGGGGACGGAGGGUUACCAGGAGAUGGGGCGCAAAGGAGGGCUGAGCAGCGGCGACAAGUCCGGCGGCGAGCGGGCGGAGGAGGAGGGAGUGGAGAUCGAUGAGUCCAAGUUUAGGACUAAGAAUACUUAACUAGAGAUGCAUGCAUGCAUGUAUAAUGUCUCUGAAUGUACACUAGCUUCUGCUCUUACCUAGGUUUGUUAGUUUGGCAGUGUAGAUGUUGUGGUCUUAUCAGUCGCUUAGUGUUGUAAUAAUAAUGGUGUAUCAGAGACGUUGCAUGUACGAGUUUGAUCCUUUUCUUUUCAAGUGUUUGCAUGUG